GGGGUUGCGAAUCAAAAUAUCAUCUCUCCCCUUUCACCUUACAAACGAGCAGUGUAAAAUACGAGUUCUCUCUCUCUCUCUCUCUGCGUUGAUCAACAGAAUGGCGGCCACCAUCUCUCGCAGACUCACCUCAAAGCUCCUCAAACCCCGUCACUGUUCCCCUCUCUCCUCCCCCUCCGCCUACAUCUCCCAUACCUCUCAAGCUCUAAACCCCAGCCCAAUCUCACACAAACCCCCACAACAAAACCUCUCUACCCCCACUUCAAAUCUCUUCCCCUUCAACUCUGUCAGAUCCCAAUCCUCACAACAUCCAAAACCCAUCAACCUCAAUCACUUCCCGAUCAGAUCAUACACGAUUUCAAGUCCCACAUCCCCAACCCAACAUAACCCUAUAAACCCCAGAAAGCAUUUCUCGACCUCUGAUUCAUCAAGUGACGAAAAACCCACAAGCCCCAGUUCAUACCCAAGUCAAAACCCUGAAUUCAAGCACCAAGAAAUAGAGGGUCCCACAGUAGAGCGAGACGUGUCAGCUCUGGCCAAUGAAACGAGAGAUGUUCUCCAAUCGAUGAUGAAGACCAUCUGUAGCUUGAGCAAGGCGUUGGCUGUUCUGGGUCUGGUCCAGCUUGGUUUGGGGGCUUGGAUUUCGUACGUUACGAGGUCUUCUCCGUUCACGGAGGUUUCGGUUCAAGGUUUCUUGGCGAUCGGGUUCCCUUUUUCGGUGGCGUUUUUGUUGAGGCAGUCGCUGAAGCACAUGUACUUCUUCAAGAAGAUGGAGGAGAUGGGUAGGUUGCAGAUUCUCACCCUGACCCUUCAGAUUGCUAAGAACUUGAAUUUGCUUUUCGUAAGGGUUCGCGGCGUCUCAUACUUGUGUAUUGCUGGAGCUUCUAUUGGGUUGGUAUACAGCGCAUUGGCAAGGUUAACUUAGAUCACACCCUUUUUCCCUGUCGCAUUUUUGUUUAAUUUGGUAUUUUGGUGGGAUUUUGACAUUUUGUUUGUUUACAUGUUAUCUAUCUAUAUUCAUAAGUCAUAUGGAAAGAUAGUAUUGUUGAAGUGUUUUCAUAUGAAUUUCUUCUAGUGGAGAACCAUCUGAUAUGUAGUAGUGGGACAAAAUAUAAGGUCGGAACCUUUCGGGCUGAACUUAAUCCGGCAAUUUGUAUUGGGAGAAAGCGUUUUCAAUCUCUUGCGUACACGCAUAAUUCUUUUAAUCUAGUUUUAUUUGGAACAAAA